AUGGACGGACCUGCUCGUCGAGGCGAACCUGUUCCAGCUGGUGAGCCAGCGUCAGCCAUUCCUACGACGCCUCUCUCAAUCGCAGAACCCGGUCCCGGAACGCCAGUUCCAAGCUUCCUUCUCUCCCCGCCUCUUGAGCGAUCACCCAGCAGCCGUAGAUCUGGCUCUCGUGAGUCUGGUCCAUUACUUCGGCGUGCUCGCCGUAACACCGCCAUCCCUUGGAUGCCUCAAUUGCCAAAACAUUUAAAGUCGCCUCUUUUAAUGGUAGUCUUCUUUCUUGUCGGUUUCGGGCUUAGCCUUGGUCACUGUAUUUUCUAUCCUCAGCUCAGCUCUCGCAUUGUGGGUGAUUCCAACCAGCAAGAAGAGAGACUCCGGAUAGGAACUGCUCUGUCAUUCCUGGCCCAAAUGGCCUUCACUGCAGCUGUCUGGAAAGCCUACACCCAAUGGCUAUGGAGGGCAGUUGACCGGCAUAAGAGUGAAUGGACUGCCAGUGGGCUCAACGCGGCAUUCAGCGCGGACACCUCGCCAUUUGCAUUCCUGCACUUGGGACUUCUUGAGAACUUCACACUUGGAGCUAUAAUGGCGUUCACUGCGUGGGCUCUCAUCGUCCCACCAUUCUUUACGCCCGCGGCUCUCUACGUGUACAAGAGCACAAACGAGAUCACUGCCCCGGGCGAAGUACCAAUCCUCGCUAUCGCCAACGAAACGGUCGGGGGCCACUUCGCUUACUCGCCUCCCCAGAAUAGCGGCACUAUCAAGUCCAAAGACGACAAAACCAGAAUCUUGUCUGGUCCUCGAACCGUAGUGGCCUUGCUGGCGAGUGCCACGGCGUCUCGCGGAGAAAUCUUACCAAUUGAGCCCCCAAGCAACCAUUCCGCAUAUUCGAUCGGCUUCUUCGGGCCCAUUAUUCGGUGCGACAACGCGAAUGAUACAGUAGCUACCCAGAUCCAAGGGCUCUUGCAAGAGCACAUGGGUGUGAUGAGGGGUUCCGCUGAGCAGAUUGACAGCGCCUACUAUGGCUUUGUUCCCUCAUUUGGUGAUGAUGGAGAACUGGUUCCGCUUUCCCAGACUAAGUUUCGACAGCUGGGGAUCAUGGCGAAUGAGUUGUGGAUGACUUUCCAACGUUAUGUGAUCAACGAAUCUGGAGAGCGUGUUCGAACUCGCAUAUCGCAGGUGUGCCGGCUACAUAAUGCGACAUACGAGCUCACUAUCAAAUGGGACCGUGGGGUUCAGCUUAUCAACCACACUUAUGAUAUUCUCGAGCAGGUGGGUUAUCCCGACGACCAGCCUGGCCAAGUUUCCAACAUGGCCAAGCACGCCUAUUCUGCGUUCAUGUGGGCGUUGACAGACCAGCUUGUGGGGUCACUUGGUUGGUUCAGGGAGAUUUCUAACCGCUCCGGCUCGAGGAGGCUUGCUCAGUUUGGGUCCAUGGACUCUCCGCUUCGGCACACUAGCCUGCUGGGCAGCUCAGACCUGGAUGUUUACUUUGACUUCAACUGGAUACAUAAUCUCUACGUGCAAGAUAACGAGACCGGGAUGUCAGCUCAGCGGCGGCAGGAUAAGGCGCUGGCUAAGAAUCGAACACUUUCAGAGUUGAUUGAGGACCUGAGCUUCAAUCUCACAGUCAGUCUGAUGCACAAUAAGCUGCUCACAUCCUCUGCAACUAGAGACGUGACCAGGUGGAUUGAUGUGAAUCGAUACGGAUAUGUGGCUACCUCGCUCUUCAUUCCAUACGGCCUGGCAAACUUUGCUGCCUUCUUCGCCCUCGUUGCCGGAUUGUAUUCAUUUAUCGCCCAUGGCACCAACCCGGACAAGAAGUUCCAAGACAUUGCCAACGCGGCAACGGAAAAGCCCAUUUCAGAUAUUCUGAGCGAUUAUAAAGAGGACAUAAAGCUGCGAUCUAGCUCCUCAUUUUCCCCCCCGGGCGCCUUCGUUCCAGAUAGCCCGCCCUUCUGUAACAGUGUCUAG